AUGAAUAAUAAUAAUAAUAAUAAUAAUAAUAAUAAUAAUGAUAAUACUGAAGAACUUAUUAGGUAUCUUCUUCAGUAUGGAAUAUCCGAUAGAAUGAUUGCGAUUGUUGAAAAACAACACAUUUGUGAUGAAGAUUUACAGAUGAUGGAUCGUGAUGAUGUCGAACAUUUAUUUAAAAAUGAAUAUGGUUUUACAUUUCGUGAUCGUAAACAAUUUUGGAAUAUAUUACAAAAAAUUCAAUCAAAUCAAAAUUCUAAAACAAAACAUGGACGAAUUCUUGAUUCAUCGGCAAUUCUUGAACAUAUCUAUGAAUUUACUGCUGAAGACCUUGACAAUAAUGAUUUAAAAGAAAGACAAUCUAUUACAUCUUUAUCAUCAAAUAUAAAUCGACAAUCAACUGUUAUUAGUCUUUUUGAUAAUAAAACAUUGAAUGAUGAUAGUAAUAAUUCAAAUUCUUCAUCAUAUAUUUCAGAAUUAUCAUUAUCAUCUGAUUAUGUAUUUACAUAUCCAAGCAUAUUACCAUGUUUUUCUGCUAAAAUCAAGGAAGCACUUACAACAAAUACAAUUCAUAGACAAUGGGCAACUUUCAUUAAUGAACUUGCUCGAUGGGUUAUGUCAAUAAAACCAUGUCUUCGUGAACAACAUGAAUAUCAAGCUAUUGGACAAACAUUAUAUGAAAAGUAUCCCUGUAUAGGUACAACUGGUCCGAAACCUUGGUCAUUUUUAUGUCGAGGUCUUAGUCAACGAAUUCGAACAGAAAGAUGGCAAAGACGAAAGACAUUUACAGGAAGAAAACGAAAAGAAAGUGACAUGAAAAACAAUGAUGGAAUUUAUGACAAUAUGUGA